UCUAAUUAUAAUAAUAAUAAUUUUAAAGGUCUCUAAAUUCUGAUUUUGAGUUAGGCAAGAAUGGUUGGUAGCUUCCAUGUUAGCAUUCUUGUACAUUUGUUGUUCAUAGCAAUAACAACACUUGUGUUAGUUUGGUUGCUACACUUCCGUGAAGGUGUUGCUUUCAAUUCUUCAAACAAAGCCAAGAUUUUUAAUCUACAUCCACUUCUAAUGACAAUUGGAUUUGUUUUGGUUAGUGGAGAAGCUAUCAUGAUAUACAAAUCUGCCCCUGGAAAACAGAGAUCAUUGAAGGUGGUUCACUUGUUAUUGCAUCUGGUAGCUCUAGCAACUGGAAUUUUAGGAAUUGUCACAGUUUUCAAAUUCAAGAAAGAGGAGGGCCUUCCUAACAUGUAUACAUUGCACUCAUGGUUAGGCAUGUCAGCUAUCUGCUUUUUUGGUUUGCAGUAUAUUCUUGGAUUCUUUGCCUUCUUCUUCCCGGGAGCAGAAAUGUACACAAGAGCAUCACUAUUGCCAUGGCACAGGUUUAUUGGAAUGGUCAUCUUCUUGCUUUCAGUUGGCACAGCUCAAUUGGGUUUGGCUCAAUAUUUUCAGUUUCUGGGACUUUUCCGGAGCCAAGAAGCAUUAAUAGUGAACUUCACUGGCCUGUUACUCUUUCUAUUUGCGGUCUUUGUUGCCCUUUCUAGAAUUCUUCCUAGAUAUUCAUAAAUAGGUUACAAUAAUUACUUUCUGUCAAUUUAAUUUGAAAUUCUAUUACCCUAAUAUCAAUAAGUUCAUUUUGAUUGCUCAU